UGUGGUGUUGAAGAUGAAGCACCUCUCAUUACUCUGCCUGUACGCACUGGUGGCCUUGUAUGGCCAUGAGGUCGUGCAGUCCCAGGCUCCCACCUACGGUGAACGUGGCUCUGAUCUUGGCAUACAGGUGUUUCAGCAAGUAGUCCAAUCGAAGCCCCUGGAAAAUGUGGUGCUUUCGCCCCAUGGGGUCGCUUCCAUCCUGGGCAUGUUGCUACCAGGAGCUCAUGGCGAUACUCGGAAGCAGAUCCUCAGUGCUCUCCGUUACAAGAAAAACGGCCCCUACAAGAUGUUGAAGAAGCUGCACAAGAACUUGACAGCUAAGUCCAACCAGGACGUCGUGCUUAUCGCCAACGCCAUGUUCAGCCAGGAGGGCUUCCCCAUGGAGGAGGCCUUUGUAUCCACCAACAAAGCCAACUUCCAAUGUGAGAGCAGGAGCCUGGACUUCAGCAACCCCCAGGUGGCAGCAGAUGAAAUCAAUGAAUGGGUCAACAAUAAGACCAAAGGUCACAUCCCCAGCCUGAUCAAAGCAGACAUGCUGGACUCCGCUCUGACCCGUCUGGUCGCUGUCAACUCAAUCUACUUCAAAGGCUUAUGGAAGUCUCGCUUCCAGCCCGAGAACACCAAGAUGAGGCCCUUCAACGGGGGCGACGGAAAUGUAUAUAAAGUUCCGAUGAUGUCCCAGCUAUCUGUCUUCAGCAUCGGCCUGGCCACCACACCUCAGGGACUGAAAUAUAAGGUGAUUGAGCUGCCCUAUCAUGGCAACACCAUCAGCAUGAUGAUAGUCCUGCCCUCCGAAGAGGACACCCCUCUGUCCCGUGUCAUCCCACACAUCAGCACAGCCACAGUGCAGAGUUGGACCAAACUGAUGCACAUGAGAAAAGUCCGCCUGCUCAUCCCCAAGUUUACCGCUGAUGCCGAAGUAGAUUUGGAAGCCCCCCUGUCAGCACUGGGAAUAACAGACAUGUUCAUCCAGGACAAAGCUGACUUCAGACACAUCAGUGCUGAGCCUUUGCACGUAUCCAGGGCGCUCCAGAAAGCCAAAAUUGUGGUGAAUGAAGAUGGAACAAAAGCAGCAGCUGCCACCACUGCCAUUCUGCUGGCUCGGUCUUCUCCACCGUGGGUUACAGUGGACAGACCUUUCCUCUUCAUCAUCAGACAUAACCCAACAGGUACCAUUCUCUUUAUGGGACAGAUGAACCAGCCUUGAGCCCAGCCAUCACUGGCCAGCCCCUGGUAGCAUCAAGGCCAGCACGAAAUUCUUCUACACUGCCACGCAUGAACACACAUACACACACAUACACACACACACACACACACACACACACAGACUUUGCUGUAGACUUAUGUACAGUGUGGACAUGUGAUGUUAUUUGUUUUAAAUAUUGCUUUUUAUGUUACCCAUUUUCUGUAACGCAUAACAUGCUUUAUAAAAUGUUUUGCAGACUAAAUUUCCAGCUGUUUUAAUUUUUUGUAUACUUUUUUGAAUUUAUUACAUUUUUAAAAAAGACUUUGAAUGUCAUUUGUGUAUUUUCUCAGCUCUGGAGUAGGAUAAUCAGUUUAUUUAUCACAUUACUGUUUCAAUUUAAAGUUCUCCGCCUCAAGUCCUGUCACUCCAGUCGGUUCUAAGUUUCACUCCUAAGUUAUGGCAAUGUUCAGUAUGAGCAUCUUGAACAUCUUGUGUUCAGCUACUUUACAAUGAUUGUUUCCCUCACUGAGGAAGUCUUCUGUUAUCAUACUUGCUUCAUACUUGAUCAAAUAAAUACACAUAUUUAUAACAUCA